AUGUCAGGUAAUACCAAGGCUUACUUUGACGUGGAAUAUGACGGCAAGACUGGCCGUAUCAACUUCAAUCUCUUUGAGAAGGACGUCCCCAGGACUGCCAAAAACUUCCGAGAGCUCUGUACCGGAGUCCACGGUUUUGGCUAUGCAGGCUCUGGAUUCCACCGUGUGAUCCCUCAAUUCAUGCUCCAGGGUGGUGACUUUACCAACCAUAAUGGCACUGGUGGCAAGUCCAUCUAUGGUACAAAAUUUGAGGAUGAGAACUUCAAGUAUAAGCAUAACAAGCCUGGUCUCCUCUCUAUGGCCAACGCUGGCCCCAACACCAAUGGCUCUCAGUUCUUCAUCACCACUGUUGUAACCUCGUGGCUUGAUGGCAAGCACGUCGUCUUUGGUGAGGUUGCCGACGAUGAGUCAAUGCGGGUUGUUAAGGAGAUUGAGGCCCUUGGCUCUAGCUCUGGUAAACCCAGCAAGCCGAUCAAAAUUGUCAAAGCUGGUGAGCUGUAA